UGACAGGCAUUCUUCAGCUGAGGGGGAGAUGGGGAGAGAUAGCGAGGGCAAGGGCGCUCGGGGCAGAUGGAGGAAGUGUGCCGCAAGACUGACAUGCCUUUGAAAUGGAGGGCAGGAAGGCUUCUGAGACAGAACAGCUGCCAAUGAGCUGUGUCAAGAGAGGCAUCUGAUCAAAGCUCCUCACAGUGAAGAGCAAUCAGGGCUGGGAGAUGAGAUGCAAGGACCAGGACGGAGUGGGAGAGGGCAAGAAGGCCAAGGCAGGCCUGGGAGGGUGUGGCAGGCUGGAUAGGGACGGGGGUGUUUUGUUCCUGAGUUUGAUGGGAAACCAUGUGGAGGGCUUAGCUGGGAAGUGAUGUAAUCCUUUUCUGAUUAAAGCUGAUCCUAGCUGCUGUGAAAAUUGUUCUGUAAAGAGAGAAAGACCACAGAAGCAAUUAGGAAGCAGGUCGGGAAUACAGAAGUGGUGGUUCCUGUGCAGGGAGCUGCGGGGAGAUGAUGGGAAACUACUGGAGAUGGAUGUAUUUGGAAGGGUGUUAAGACUGAAUGUGGGGUAGGAGGGGGGCCAAAAGGGACAUCAAGAAUUUCCACCUGAGCAAGUGAACAUCUCUUCCCUCUGAAAGCUUUGGGAACUUUCCACUUCUUUCUCCCCUGCCAUUUCCAGUAAGAUUUUGGGGCUCCUACAGCUUAGCACUCUGGCAGCUGCCCAGCUGUGGUGCCCCUGGAGACAGCUCUGGUUGCUAAGAACAGUGGAAGAAAUGGAGUUUGAGAAGGACUAACGUUUUAAAUAAAGGAGUACAAUGCAAGGCCACACCUCUCCCUGUCAUGCAUUUGCAUUUCAACAUUUGCUUUAGCCCGUGGCCCCACCUCUGUGUCCUGCUCCCUCAAUGCAGCAGAUGGAAACCUCUGCUGCUGCACAAUUCAGUUCAGUAGCUGAAAAUGAAGAUGCCCUCCUCAGACACUUGUUCCAUGGUUAUCAGAAAUGGGUUCGCCCUGUAUUAAACUCCAAUGACACCAUAAAAGUAUAUUUUGGAUUGAAAAUAUCUCAGCUCGUGGAUGUGGAUGAAAAGAAUCAACUGAUGACGACAAACGUGUGGCUCAAACAGGAAUGGACAGACCACAAAUUACGCUGGAAUCCUGAUGAAUAUGGUGGAAUUCAUUCCAUUAAAGUCCCAUCAGAAUCUCUCUGGCUUCCUGACAUAGUUCUCUUUGAAAAUGCGGAUGGACGCUUCGAAGGCUCCCUCAUGACCAAGGUUAUAGUGAAAUCCAAUGGAACAGUCACCUGGACUCCUCCUGCCAGCUACAAAAGCUCCUGCACCAUGGAUGUCACAUUUUUCCCAUUUGACCAGCAGAACUGCUCUAUGAAGUUUGGAUCCUGGACCUAUGAUGGUACCCUGGUUGACCUCAUUUUAAUAAAUGAAAAUGUUGACAGAAAAGACUUCUUUGAUAAUGGAGAAUGGGAAAUACUAAAUGCAAAAGGGAUGAAGGGUAAUAGAAGAGAAGGUUUAUAUUCAUACCCGUUUAUUACCUAUUCUUUUGUCCUGAGACGCCUGCCUUUGUUUUAUACUCUGUUUCUGAUAAUCCCCUGCCUGGGGCUGUCUUUUCUAACAGUUCUUGUCUUCUAUUUACCUUCUGAUGAAGGAGAAAAACUUUCAUUAUCAACAUCUGUUUUGGUUUCUCUGACAGUUUUUCUUUUAGUGAUUGAAGAAAUAAUCCCAUCUUCUUCCAAAGUCAUUCCUCUCAUUGGAGAGUACCUGUUGUUCAUUAUGAUUUUUGUUACCCUGUCAAUUAUCAUUACGGUUUUUGUAAUUAAUGUCCACCACAGAUCUUCCUCAACAUACCAUCCUAUGGCGCCCUGGGUGAAGAGGCUAUUUCUGCAAAAACUUCCUCAGUUACUUUGUAUGAAAGACCAAGUGGAUCAUUACUCUUUGCCAGACAAAGGCAAGAGAAAGCCAACAGGGAAAGGUAAAGUUCUGGAUAAAAAGAAACAGAAAGAAACUAGCAAUGGAGAAAAGGUUCUGGUUGCUUUAUUGGAAAAGGCUGCUGAGUCCAUUCGGUACAUCUCAAGGCAUGUGAAGAAAGAACAUUUUAUCAGCCAGGUAGUGCAAGACUGGAAAUUCGUAGCUCAAGUUCUUGACCGAAUCUUCCUGUGGCUCUUUCUGCUUGUAUCAGUCACAGGCUCUGUUCUGAUUUUCACCCCUGCCUUGAAGAUGUGGAUGAAUAGUUACCAUUAGCAAUGAGUCUCCAGAGCGGCUCAGAGCCAUUCCAUAGGGACAUGAUCACCCUUUAGAACUAACUAGCAUGUGCAUAAAUCCAAAUGCACAAGCUCAUUCCAACAGCUCACUCAGCCACCUUCAUGAAAUUAAACAUCGCUUGCUUGCUGGGAGAAACCUGGGUAAAUCUGGGCUUGCUCAAGUUAAUUGGCUGCUGCCAUUAGAGGGAGUUGGGUUUAAAAGGAUUCAAAGAGGUCUCCAGGUCAAGGUAUUCAUGUGGGAAAGGCCCUGGUGCUGCAUCUGUGCCUUGGUGGUUUGGUCUCAGUUACUCCUAGGCUUGUGUAGUGCAUCCUUAGCUACAUGGAUGAACAGAUCUCAGUGCUGGUUUGGGGAAUUACCCUGGCACAGAACACUUUUUUUGACACAGAUUACAAGAUGCCACUAUCAGCUAAUGUCCCUCUACCACAGAAUUCAUUAAAAACAGCCUUGCUUGAACAUGGUAAGACUUCUAAGGCAGGUGGCAGCCAUGGCUUGUUCAUAGCCUUGGAAGGUUUUCUAAUGGUGAAAGUAAACCUGCCACAAGUGGUGACUUGCUUUAAGAUCCUUUCAGAAACAACUCAUGGUAGAGACAAAGUCAUCUGCUACCAGAAGUGCAUUCAUUAAUACCCAUUCAUCUUCUACUAGAAAAUCAAAGUACUGAAUGUUCUCUGACAAUGGUUCUUGAUGUCAGCACACCUGGUGGAAUCCAUGCCGGGGUCCUCUAGGUUUUGCCUUCUGUCUCCCUGUCUCUCUGUCUGAGGUGCACUUCACCUUGCCCUGCCCUGCCCUGCCCAUAACUCUCAUGAGGACACGUCUACUCAGAUUGAUUUUGCUCCUGCUGCCACUAAAUCCUUCCUGGAUUUUAGUUUAAAGCAAUUUUCUUUUUUCUCAGUUACAAAUCCAAAUCCCUUUUUGGAGUAUUUUGUGUUAGGCAUAACUCUUGUAAACAGUUUGCACACUGAACUUUAAAAAACCCAAUCUAAAAAUUUAACCCAUUUACAUAUAUUGUCACUGUUGGUGUGUUUAGUCUCAUCCAAGUCUUCAAUUCUGUGGGUUUUUUUAUAUGGUUUUCAUGUUCUUUUGGGAUUUUUCCUCCUUUUCAGGCUUGAUAGAGUUGGUUCUUUAAUUUCCCUUAACAGUUUGAAGGUUACACUUCUAUUAAUUUAUUAAUAAACAUAUUCCCACUUUUUGUGAUUAAUGCUGAACAGAAACAUCUGCAGAUGCCUCUCUACACAAUUCCCUUAGCACUCACUUCCCUCCUUUCUUUAUAUCUUCUGUGUUUUAUCUAAAUCAUCAGAAUUUUAAUUUCAGGUUACUAAUUUUUUAUAUUGUGUGUCUCCUUUUUAAGAAUUACUUAUUGACAGUACAUUUUGUCCACGACCACAUUGUAGGCAAUUUUAUUUUUUCUUUACAAAUAUUUUCUAUCUUAAGUUUUUCUCUUUCUGUGAUUUGUUUGUUCAUUAUUUUAGAGGAACAUAUCUUCAAGUGAUUCCUUUUAGUGUGUGUGUGUGUGUGUGUGUGUGUGUGUGUAUGUGUGUGUAAUGGGACCUUGCUUUGUUGCCCAGGCUGACUUUGAACUUCUGGGUACAAGUGAUCCUUCUGCCUCAGCCUCUUAAGUGGCUAGGACUACAGGCACAUCCCACUGCACCUGACCCCAAGUAAUUUUUUUAGAAAACUUUUGACUAUGGUAGCCUUCCUGAAUUUUUACGUUUUUGAAAUUGCAAUUGCUUUUACCCUCGCAUUUGAAUAAUAAGUUGGCUGAUUGCUAUCAAUGAGAGAUAUGAUGAAGGUGAAUUCUUAUUUCUUAUCCUUACAUGUUUCUAUUUUUCUCUUCCUAAAACUCUUAUGCUUUUAUCUUUGGACUUUGGGAGUGUUACCUUUAUCUGUCUGAGUACGAGGUACUCUUUCUUCCUCUGCCUUGACACCUAUGGCUGAUGUCUUCAAAUCUACACAUUUUUUUUCCUUGUUUGUUAUAUAUUUCCUGGUCUCCAUCCUUUUUCUCUUCUCCUUUUGAAAUUCCUAAUAAGGGUCUUGGUGUUGCUGGAUCUGUCCUCCAUGUUUAUUAACUAAUUAACUUUUCUCUCACACUUUUUAAUUCUUUAACUCUUUACAUACUGUCUGCUUGAGCUGACAGCUAACAAAGUUGAUUUUUAGUGAUACUCUAUCCUGCUAGUCACCCCACCUCUCAGGUGGGAGUUUUGUCUGUCUAUUCAUGGAUAAAACAUAUAUUUGAUUUCCUAGAAUUCUUACUUUUUUAUGGAUGUCAUUCCCCUUGAAAUAUUUUGGGAAAUACUCAUUAUAAUUACUUUAAAUCCUUUUAUUAUUUGCAUAACAACUUUUCAUCAGGAGUUAAUUCUUCUGCUGACUUUCAUGCUUUUAGUGGUCAUUUUACUCAAAUAUUUGCUGGUUUUUAAUGUUGUUUAUUGAACUGAAAAUGAAAACUGUUUCUAAUUGCAGUAACCCUGGCUCCAGCCGUGGUGUAGGGAGGCUCUUUUCACUAUCUGUAUACAACUAGGCCUUUCUCUGGGGUUGGGGAGCAGCUCAUCUUCUGCUGUUGGGUUACUUUUCCUUUCCAGCAGCCGUGAGUCAUUUUGGGCUAUGCCCGGAUGUUGUCAGACCUGGCAGGAUGAUAUGUCCAUUUAACGGCAUUCUUUGGUUUUCUGGACAUUCGCAAUAUUCUCCGAGAUGCUUUUGCCUCUUGUCAGAUUCCCAUCCUGUUCAUACUAACUUUCUUUUCAUACCAAAUCUCUCCUUCCUUUGCACCCUUGGCCUUCCUCUGGGAACUUGUUCCUUAAUUAUCCUCCCUCUCUUGGUCUUUCAUGGCUCCCUUUCCUAAGCCUACAAAAUGCCUCCAUCUGUUUUAUUCUUAAACAAACACAGAGCUAUAGUGAACAGAAAUCAUGGAAUUGUUUUCAAAUGGCCUGGAGUGCUUUUUUUUUUUAAGAGAUUCAUGCCAUUCAAAUCAUCCUCAAACAUAUUCUGUCUCCCCCCCAAAAAUCACAUUUAUAUAUUUUUGAAUGCUAUAUUUAAUGCAUAACAUUUAACAUAGUCAAUGUACUUGUUUUCAAAUGAUAUCAAAUUUUAUACUACAUAGCUGUAUGUGUUAUGUGCCCACCUUACAGAACAUUGGGGCUCCUUGGAUGAACUACAUGUCCUUUUACUGGAUUUUUUUUAAAAGGAGGAAAUGUGGUGAAAUUAAAAUUGUGGCACAAAGGCUCUUAGGUUCCCGACCAGGCAUUACCUAACUAUGUGAGCUGUGUGGCCUGGACUAGUUACUGGCCCCAAAUGGAUUUCAGUUUCCUCGUCAGUAAUAACAAGCUCUGACCCAUGACCUUUAAAGGUCUUCUCUCCUCUGAAAUUCUAUACUUUGGAGAUUUAUCCUUGAGUGUUCACAAUUUUUAAACCACAUUGCUUCUAAUUACAACUUUGUUCCUUUGGGAAAAUAUAAUCUGCUUUAUCACUACUUUAGGCAGGAUUGGCAGGUGUGCACCUUGAUGAAAAUAAAGGGUUUCCUGCCUUAUAUCCUUGAUGGGCUUGUAGAUUCAAAAGGUAAAUAAUUAUUCUUUUCCCUUUUAUUGAGAACAGUACUGGAUUUAACUCAUUGUUAAACUCAUUGGUAUUCUAGGUAAAAGACAAUAUUAAUAUUAGAAAAAUGGACUUAGAUCUGAGUUCAGUUGUAAAUUUUGAAAAACACCAGAAUGAAACACUUUCCACAGCAAGCCUCUUAUCCUUCAGAUGCAAAUACAGACAAGAUCAAACCAUUUAGAUACAUGCAUGCACUGCAAACCUCAUCGCCCCUAAGGUGGGAGACCCUGAUAAUAGCUUCAACAUGGAAAAUGAUAGAUAUGUAUGUAUUAUGAUAACUCUAUGAGCAUAAUUGCAAAAGAUAAUGUUAAAACAAAUUUUAAUUUCAAAUGUAUACAAAAAAUAUCACUGGUUAAAGUUUGCCAGCUGAUCUCAACAAGUGAAUGUUGCAAGAGCUACAGCACUCUGUAAAGUGUGCAGGACUCCUGUGUGUGCACACACAGGGACACACAGAGUUUGCCUGAAGUCCUCGGCUUGCAGAUUUCUGCUCACACCCCAUGCCCUCAUGGAGCUUUAUAGAACACAUGCCACUCCCUCCCAGCAGCCUGGCUCUAGAAAUCUGUGUUUUUCCAGUGUGUACUGUAUGGUUUAGAACAUAAUUACUAUUGUGUUACUAAAUAAGCCUUGUUCCCUUCACUAUGCUAGCAUAUUCUCUAGUCGAUCCUUAAUAUAUCUAUAAAGCUGAGCAAGUAGUCAGUAUUUGUUGAUUAAUUAAACCAGAUGCCAAAAACUUUGGUUGUUGGUUUAAAAUAUGGACAAAUUUGUACUCUUGCUUAGCCCCUCCCAACAUCUGUAACUCAGUAUGUGUUUAAUUUUCAGUAUGCACUUAAAAAACAUUUUUACAUUGAAACAAUGUUCAAAACAAUAUUAUUAUAUGCAGCAAAGUCAAUAAUUCUACAUUCAAGUUUCCUUAACUGUUUCAAAAAUAUCCCAAUGUUAUAGUUGCUUGCCUAAAUUAGGAUUCUUAAGUCUAUUUCAAUCUCUUUCCUGGCACUGAUUUAUUGAAAGGACCAGAUCUGUUAUCCCCAAGAAUGUUUUACUUUCUAGAUUUCUCUGGUUGCUUGCUUCUGGUGUAAUUUAGCUUGUUCUUCUAUCUUCUGUACUUCUUGUAAUCUGAAAGUAACAACUGUUACUAUAAUUCUGGUUCAAUAUUUUUGGCAAGAACACAUCAUAGAUAAUAAUGUGGAGUUUUUAUUUACCAUAUGAGGAAACAUACUAUCUGGCUAUCACACCGUUAGUGUUAAAAUUAGUCCCUGAAUAUAUUCACUAUAUCCAAUGGUAAAUUUCCUAGUUUAUCUGAUGGCCACAGAUUACACCAAAGUUAUAAAGAUUCUUAUGUUGGCCUUGGCCCUUUAAAGAUGACAUCUAACCAGCCGUGUUAGAACACUGUAAUUUCCAAAGAGUAACAUUUUAAUGAUAUGUUAGGAUGGACCUUUUGAUUGUGUCAAAAUUUUCUCUGAUGCAUUUAUUGUUAUGUAUUAUUAAUUCAUUUAAUUAUCAGCUGUGGUCACUAUUAUUUAUGUUUAACCUAUCAUGUAUUUCUUUUGUAUUAAGACUUUCUGUUUAG